UUUUUUUGUGUGUGUGGGAUGGGUGUUGAGUUCUUUGAGUUCCUUGUAUAUUCCUCUGCUUGUUUUUUCACUGGGAUGCUGUCUUUUGUCACUGAGUAUUGUGUAUUAGUUUGCUAACAGUACCACUCACUAGGUGACUUAAAGUUAUUCCUCACAGUAAUGGAGGCUAGAAGUUCAAGAUCAAGCUGUCAGCAGGUUGGAUUUAUUCUGAAGCCUCUCCCUCUGGCAAGGCAGCAGUGCCAUCCACUUUAGGUUUUUAUGAAGCCCUCACUGGCUGGUGUUUUCACCCAGUGAAUGGGGGACAGGGGUGGGAGCAGGGACACCAGCGAAGUGGCAGGAGAUGGAGAUGGUCCUAGUGGUAGCAGUGGAGGUCGCAAGAAUUGGUUUUCACCAAGACAUGGGCAGACACGGAUCCAGGGUGAUCCUGAAAUUUCAUGGGAUUUCUUCUAUGUCCAGAAGUUUAAUGGGGAUUUCUCUUCUGUGGGCAGGUCUCACAGAUUUCAAGCCUGGCUACUGGAUUGGUGUCCGCUAUGAUGAGCCACUGGGGAAAAACGAUGGCAGUGUGAAUGGGAAACGCUACUUCGAAUGCCAGGCCAAGUAUGGCGCCUUUGUCAAGCCAGCAGUCGUGACGGUGGGGGACUUCCCAGAGGAGGACUACGGGUUGGACGAGAUAUGACACCCAAGGAAUUCCACUGCUCCAGCUCCUAACUCGGCCACUGACUGCCCCUCCUGUGUGUGCCCAUGGCCCUUUUCUCCUGACCCCAUUUUAAUUUUAUUCAUUUUUUCCUCUGCCAUUGAUUUUUGACACUCAUGCAUUAAAUUCACUAGAAACCCGGAAA